AUGCAAGUCAUAACAGACAAGACGUUAAAGGAAACGACGUCGAUGCAUGUCAUCACGAUCGCAACACUAAUCUUUCUGCCGGCCACUUUCGUUGCAACUUUCUUCCAGAGUGGAGUGUUGCUUUGGAAAGAAGAUGGGCCAGACGACAUGACAAGACCAUUCAUCUGGAAGCGUGAUAGCUUAAUGCUCUUCUUAAGCUUCUGUGGUCCUCUGACCGCGGCAACCAUCGGCGGCUGGUUAUUCAUGUGUGUAAGACUGAGAAAAAGUGCACGGGGGAAAUUGUAA